AGCUUCUGUCAUCGCAGAUGGAAAACAUGCUAGAGGCAAGUUUACUGGAAGAUACACAAGUUGCCACUUCUAGUAGAGGCCAAGAUCCAUCAUCCUCACACCACAAUAUAAGUUUGACCCAGACGCUUUGCCACUGUUUCAGUCCUCACGAUGCCACACUACUAAGAACAGACUACCCCACUCAAUCAAAUUCAGAAACAAGACAUUUACAAAGGCAUGAGUCUUUUCCUCAGUCAAGCUCUAAUAUCACAAAUCCAGAAUCACUACUUCAUGGGUCAGAUUUGACAGGGCUGUUUUCAGCUGCUGACGUUAGAAACCUAACAGCCCAUGAUGAUAAUUUUGAUGAAGUUAAACUCAUGUCUUUGGCUUUGGAGGAAGGCUUUCAUCCUAUAGAAGUUUCUAAGCUCUUUGAAGAACCUGGCUCAGAUUUGGGACUGUCUUUGAAUUCAAGUCACAGCACUGCCUCUUACUCAGCCUGCAGUGAAGGUGCUGUUGGGUACAGCAGUGAUGUUAAAUCUGCUUCUUCACAUGGCUUAGGAGCUGUCAGUGUCCAUAGCCAAGAAUGCAGUAAAUACGGCCAUGUCGAAUAUCCAGGUGAUUCAGAGUGUUCUAGCAAAGCUGCACUUCAGUUUCUUCAUAACCACACUUACAAUCAGCUGCCAAGUCAAGCAGCACCCACUCCAGAGCAUCAGCAGCAGAUGAGGAUGGAGAAACCAAAUAAAGUAAAGGAUAGGUGCCAUAAUUCGACUGAUACAAACCUUAGCAGUGAUGAACGCUGUGCAAAAGCUCUGAGACUACCAUUUUCAGUAGAUGAAAUUGUGAGCAUGCCCGUUGACUCUUUCAACACCAUGCUAGAAAAGAACCAUCUGACAGGUACUCAGGUAUCACUGCUACGUGACAUCAGACGAAGAGGAAAAAAUAAAGUUGCUGCCCAAAAUUGUCGUAAACGUAAACUGAAUGCAAUUCUUAACUUGGAAGAAGACAUAUGCAAUCUUCAAACCCAAAAGGAGAGCCUUAAAAAGGAGCACUCUCAGUGUAGCAGAUCAAUCAGCCGGAUGAAGCAAAAGUUAAACAACUUGUACUGUGACAUUUUCAGUAGAUUGAGGGAUGACCAGGGUAGGCCUGUUAACUCUUGCCAGUACGUUAUUCAUUGCAGUAGUGAUGGCAGUGUUUUUAUAAUACCCAAACGCUUGGUCAAAUCAGAACAGAAACAAGAUAAUGAAAAAGAGCAAUAACAAAAAUAAGAUGGAUGAAGGUCACUUAAGUGUUAUUUUUCCUGAAAGAAUGAUGGAUAUUUGCGUGAAGACUGGAGGUCAGCGAUUACUGUAGUACAAACAGAAAGACUAAAUUUGAGGAGGAAGACUGCAUGUUCCAGGGUCUGGCAAACCCAGCCGACUGCGAUGUUAGAAAGUCUACCAGCUGAGGCUUCUGAAUGAGGACAUCUGUUUAGUUUUAGUUCUAAUUAAAGGAGCUAAGGCCAUCGCUGUAAGUGUAUUUAUAUAGGCCUAUGUAAAACUAGGAAUUUGGUUUCUGGUGAGGGUGGAACGGGGAGAAUAUCAGUGGGGGGAAAAAAAGCUGUAGAUCAAAGUUACACAUGGAAGAAAAACAUGCUUUAGUCUUGAGUACUUAAUUCUUCAUACACAAAGUGACCUUAUUUUGUUACUCUUUUUAGCACUGAAAGAAAAAUUGUAGCUUAUCAUCACCUUAAAUUCACUGUGGAUUUAUGUAUUCCCAGGGAUACUCUCUGCUUUCUAUCUCUUCAGAACUGUUCUGCUUUUCCCAGUUUUCCUUUGAGGAGAGAGGCCCAGGAGGCUAUUGCAUUUUUCCUCACUGCUUUCACUGUCAUAUCUCCCAGCAAACAUCACGUACCAAUUAAUUUUACAACUCACAUGAUCAAUCUGAAAAUAGGUUCUGAAAAAUUAGUAUCUGAUUCAAUAUUAUCUUACCUUCAUCCUCUGCAGCGCAAUCAUUCUGAACUUUCUUCCAUGAAAAUAAGUGAUGGUGAAUGAGCUCCUGUUCUGUUUCCCUUUCUCCCCACAGUUGGAUACUUCAAGGAGAAUUACUAAAGUUUUUCUCUUUAGCUUUUUAAAACUGGUAUUUUCUAAGUAUCUUCAAUGUUACGGAUUUAAGAUUUUUUUUGUUUAGAUUUUCCCCACAUCUUUAAAGUAAAUUAAAUUGAACCAAAUUACUAUUUCUCUGUACUUGUGAUAACGAGGUUACACUCUGAUAGUGGCUUUCAGUGAAGAGAAGGGCUUUAUGGUUUUGAUAUUCAUUUGUGCUGUGAAAAAGACGGUAUUUUAUUUACUCACAUGCU